CACCUGUUCGCCAUUAUUUAGAAGAAGAGCUCCGUCUUUGUUCCAGUUAUUAAUCUACAAAUAUGAAUCAUCUAGUGGAUCUGCUGUGUUUAUAUCUUCUGUGUUUGACCGGGAAAACUCUUGGUGAUAAAAACGGACCAGCAGUCCUCAACGUGGACAGAGGGGCUGAUGUUGUGUUACCCUGCUCUCUCAGCACCGAGGAGGACAUGGAGAUGAAGCUGUUUGUCUGGAGGAAAGCUCCUCAGACAGAUGGAGGUCAGAAGGAGGUGUUCCUGUAUGACAGAGGCAUCGAUAACAGAGGUCAGAGUGAAGAGUUCAAAGGUCGAGUCUCUCAUUUCCAAGAUGAACUGAAACAGGGCGACGCCUCCAUAACCAUCAGAAACACAACGCUAUCUGACAGUGGAGAAUACAGCUGUUAUUUUCCUUCUCUUCAGCCUCGUCAAACUUUCUACAUUAAGCUUGUUGUUGAACCAAAAGUCCGAGUGAGCGUGGAACAGGGCCGUGAUGUUGUGUUACCCUGCUCUCUCAGCACCAAGGAGGACAUCACCUUUAAACUCUUUGACUGGAAGAAAGCUCCUCAGAAAGAUGAAGGUCUGAAGGAGGUGUUCCUGUAUAACGACGGCUUUCAUUACAACAACGGUCGAGGAGGUCAGAGUGAAGAGUUCAAAGGUCGAGUCUCUCAUUUUCAAGAUGAACUGAAACACGGCAACGCCUCCAUAAUCAUCAGAAAUACAAAGAUAUCUGACAGUGGAGUCUACAGCUGUGAUUUUUCUCGUCUUCAGCCUCGUCAAACUUUUUACAUUCAGCUUGUUGUUGAGCCGUCAAAGGUCAUCAAAGUGGUAGGAGACCAUGAUGCUGUGUUGCCCUGCUCUCUCAGCACCAAGGAGGACAUUACAUCAAAACUCUUUGACUGGAAGAAUGAUGCUCAGAAAGAUGGAGGUCUGAAGGAGGUGUUCCUGUAUAACGCAGGCAUUCAUUACAACAACGGUCUAGUUGGUCAGAGUGAAGAGUUCAAAGGUCGAGUCUCUCAUUAUCAAGAUGAACUGAAACUCGGCAACGCCUCCAUAACCAUCAGAAAUACAAAGAUAUCUGACAGUGGAGUCUACAGCUGUGAUUUUCCAAAUCUUCAAACACCUCAAACAUUCUACAUCAAGCUUGUUGUUGGUGCGGCGCCAAAACCAUAUGUCAGUAUACUUGAGGAAACAAAGGACUGGUCCCUGCUGCAGUGUGAGGUUCAGGGCUAUCCAGAACCUGAAGUAGAGUGGCGGGACAGUGCUGGAAACAAACUACCUGCUGAGAAGGCCCAGGGCGAACCAAUAGGAAACCUUUUCUUCAUCACUCUCAGAACUACUGUGACCAAGACCGACCACUAUCGCUGUGUGGCAACACAGGAGACCAUCAGCCAUCAGGUCUCUAAGGAGAUCUAUGUCAUCACUUGUAAGAUUCUUCCUCAUCCUGAUUUCAUUUGUGAAUAA